AUGGACCGUAGGAUGGGCGUCAAUCAGGCGCUGAUGCUUUUAGUUUUGUUUUUGUCUUCUACCUACGCUUUUAUAGCCGGAAUUGACGGGCCAUUUUUGUAUCAAGAGGCUUUGGAAGAUGGCAACACAACCCUCCACUGUGAUACUAAUGCUGAAAUUAUAGACGAUGAAAUUAUGUUGCUUGUAUGGUACAAAAAUGAUGAAUCGAUUUAUAGUUAUGACGCUCGAAGCGGUACUGAAUGGUCCAGCCCUACUUUCAACACAAGUGGAAGACUGGCUGUUGAUAUACGGAAACGUCCUAUAUCGUUGUCUCUGUCUAAAUUGAGGGAAGAUGAUCAAGCAGUGUACCAUUGCAGAGUCGAGUUUUUGCUCUCUCCGACAAAAUAUACUGGAGUCAAUCUUAUUGUUAUCGUGCAACCAAGUAUACCCUUCUUCCUGGAUGAAUUAGGUAAUAAAAUAGAAAAUAAAGUGGGACCCUAUUUCGAAGGCGAUACCUUGGCGCUUAAUUGCCUGGUAAUUGGAGGGCGACCCCCACCGCAAAUUAGAUGGUUUUCUGGUGAAGUUCUUGUCGAUGCGACUGGCAAUGAAAGCGACAUCCCUAAUGUGAGGGAGAAUGAAUUAUACUUGCCACUAGCAAGGGAUACAGCCGAGAAUGUGUCGUGUAAAGCUAGCAACACGCAACUGUCGCCACCAGUGGCCGCAUUUGUAAAUAUUGAAUUGUAUUUAUCUGCAGAUAAUGUGUCAAUAAAUUGGAUUCAAGGCAUGGAAAAUGGUGGUCUUACAGUUGGUAAAACUGCUAUCAUUCAAUGUAUAGCUACUGGAGUAUACCCUUCACCUGAUAUAGCAUGGUGGUUGAACGACAAACAUCUAACGCACUAUAGUAAUCAGACUUACGAUAAAUUGACGAAGAGGGCCAUUUCGUACUUACAAUUAACACCGACGGUGGCGGAUGAUGGAGCCACGUUGGCAUGCAUGGCAACGAAUCUCGCUGUACCACAAGGAAGAAAUUCCAAAGCGGAUGUUAUUACUUUGAAUGUUACAUAUGUGCCGAUCGUAGAAAUUUCAGUUAAUGGAACCAGCAAAUUUACUGUAAUCGAAAAUGAGACUUUAAAUUUAUUGUGCGAGGUCAAAGCAAAUCCACCCAUUGAUAGAAUCAUGUGGUACUUCAAUGGUCUGAAAAUGGAAAAUAGUGGCGUUGUGGGUUACAAUGUUUCCUUAAAUAUGUUGGUUUUACAUGAAAUAAGGCGAAUGUAUUCCGGACAAUACUCCUGCGGAGCAGCCAAUGCUAUUGGCGAAGCUCACGCAGAACCGAUCGAUAUAAAUGUUUUUUACCCACCAGAAUGUAAGGGCAAUGGGCUGACACUUAAUGAAGAGACAUUGAAUUGUAACGUCACGGCCAUUCCUAUUCCAAACAAAUAUGUAUGGCCCCCACAACUGCAACAAUGUGAUCUUGCAUAUGAAAAUGUACAGUUCCAAAUACGGUGCAUUCCAGUUGAUAAUGCCACGCAUUACGAAGUGUCUGUUUGGCGGCAAUCUAUAGGCAACGCGUCUUUGACCCUCGAUCAAAAACGUGUCCUGGGUUAUGGAGCAAGUCAGGCUCUCGCCGUAAACGCCGCUGAAAGUUUAUUUAUUAAAGGGGAGUUAGGGUCACUGGGUCGCGAAGAUGAGGCUGGUGCGGCAGCUUGUAACCGGUACGGAUGCUCCACGGUACUACUCUUGAGGCCUACGGAGAGAUUAUUGAGCGCGGUCGUAGUACCUUGGUGGAAAUUUCUUUUAGAUAAAACUGUGGGAAUUUCUAUCGGUGGAGUUCUGCUUGUUAUCGUGUUUUUAACGUCCACGGCUCUAGUCGUUUGCGUAGCAAAAAGGUCUUGUGGAAAGCGGCCACCGCCUGUGAUACAAGUGCUGAGAAUCGACGAUAUUACCCGAGACAUUCUCAAUAGCAGUAGAGAUUUGAAGGCGCGUUCGUCUUGCACUCUACGGUCACGUAGCAGUGACCGUUUGGACGGAACGGAAGAACUUGACUUAACGAGCUGGCAACACUCGCCUGUGCUUUAUGAUUUUGAACCCCCGCCUGACGUCACGCUUACUAUGCAUAGAGAAAGCGCUGUC